UGUCAUUUUCUCCCGCCCACAUCGCACUCGCUCUUUGCAGAAGCCCACCAGUGUAACUACUCGUCCUCGUCCUCGGGCCCCCGCAGAUCAGACCAGCGGGGCCUCGCUGGUGAGGAGACGGGGAACUGGUCCCAGAGCAAGCGGCUCCGCUCGACCCGUCGGGACAUCGACUUCAUGCUGAGCGCCGUCCAAAUCAACGGGUUUCUGCGAUCUAAUGAGCAGACGAUUGAUGUGAUUGUGUCCCUCGGGCUACUACGGAGUGUGAGUGUGCCGGAGUUCGAUGGCAGAGGGCUCUGCGCCAUCCAAAAGUUUGAGAGCAACCAGCUUGCCGCUAACACGCCCAAUGAAGAUCGCCGAAGUGCAGCGACCUGCCUGCGUCGUCCAUCCCCCUGCAUUCAUCUCCCUUUUCGCCUGCUCACGGUGUCCAUUGUUCCCCAGUCAAAGGGUUCUGUUUUACCUUGUUUGUACCCGUGGUACUUGCAGUCAAACCUCUCAGCAACGUCUUCCCCCAACGAGAGCCCCACGUUGGGUCAAGUGCCUCUUUACAAUGACCUGAUGAAAAGCACAGCCAUCCAGGUCGCGUUCUCCGUGUGCACAGCCUGCGUGGCUCAUGUUUCCACGGACCGGAUCCAUGUGGCGAAUUCCGGUGACAGCAGAGCGGUAUUGGGCGUGCUGGAGGAGGAUGGAUCCUGGAGUGCUUUGCCCCUUUCCCUGGACCACAACACACAGAACCAGGCGGAGGUGGAGAGGAUCAAGGCCCAGCAUCCGCCCUCGGAGAGAGCCAUGGUGGUCACAGACGACCGACUGCUCGGGGUUCUGAUGCCGCUGCGGGGGUUUGGCGACGUAAGAUUCAAGUGGAGCCUCGAGCUGCAGCAGAGCAUUUUAGCCGGCCUGGAAUCAGGGGUGGACCUGGACUCCCUGAACCUGUACCAGUACACCCCGCCCAACUACCUCACUCCACCCUAUCUGGAUGUGGCGCCCGAGGUAACGCACCACAAGCUGAGGCCCCAGGACCGCUUCCUGAUCCUCGGCACCGACGGGCUGUGGGACGAACUGGGGAACAAGGAGGCCGUGCGACUGGUUGGAGAGCACCUGAGCGGGAUUCACCUGCAGGCUCCUGUUUCUCCAUCAGAGAGGCAAAUGAAAUUGGGUCAGAUGCACAAGCUCUUGCUGGAACGCCCGACCCGUGCGUCGCCCGCUUUAGACGCCAACGUUGCUACACACCUCAUCAGAAAUGCUCUCGGCACCGGGGAGUACGGAGAACUGGGCCAGCAGAGACUGGCCACUAUGCUCACCUUGCCCGAGGACCUGGCUAGACUGUACAGGGAUGAUAUCACCGCUACCGUGGUGUAUCUGAACUCUGACCUGGCCAGACCUCAACACUGCUAGCAGAAGGAUAUAUAAUAAAAAAAUAUAAGAAGAUAUUUUUUGAUAUAAAAUAAGAUCAUUACGAUCGGUUACAUACAUUGCUUUAUAAAUAUUUUUUGAUGAAAGAGCAGUAUUCAGUGUUUUAUGCAAUAAAAAGAGGAGCAGAUUCUAUAUAUUUAACAUAGGUUACAUUUCCAAAAUUAUAGCAUUUAUCAAGUUAUUUUCUGGCAUUUUUCUUUAUUUUUUUAGCCUUCACUGUAUUCAAACGGCUAUUUUACCGGAGAUCUAUUACAAAAGUGGAAAUGUGCAUUAUGCUUAGACAAUACAUCUGAAAGUUUUUUUUUUCUUUUUAGUUUAGGCUUUUUUGCUACUUAUUUGGGGUAAAUGUUAUUGUUUUAUAUUUAAAAAAUAGUAAUUGGAUUGAUAAUAAGUAGUUCUAGUUAUAAAUGUAAAUGCUCUCUUCAGGCUGUUCGUCAGAUAUAUUUAAGUUGCCACUGUAAAGGUGCUGAUGCUUCUUAUUAAACCAAUGAGAAAUUA